UCAUGAAUUUAGCUAAUGUUCUGGCUGCAAACUUGGCAGUGUGUGCCCCUCAGAGAACUACUGGAUCCUGGCUCAGCUCUGAUUGGUAAUCUGGAUGAAGUUACACAACAGGAGUGUAAUUUCCCUUCUCCCUUUUGGAGACGUCAUUCCCAGAAGCGAGCAGCUUAUUACACAAUGAUGCAUGUGGGGCUGGUGCUGUUUGCUCUAAUAACACGAGCUGCUGCAGGUACAAGUCCAUGUCAAGCACCGAAUGGUCAAGAUGGAUUGCCUGGUGCACCAGGAGCACCAGGAAGAGAUGGGAGACCUGGAGAAGAUGGUGACACAGGUGAUCCAGGCAUGCACACUGGUAUCCUUGGCGAGCCAGGAGUGAAGGGACAACGGGGGAAUCCAGGACCGCCGGGGACACCUGGCCUCAGAGGUUAUGUUGGUCCAACAGGCCCAAUAGGUGAAGCUGGGCUAGCUGGAGCAAAAGGACAAAAGGGACAAUCAGGGCAAGGGGGUGGUCUCCAGGGGAAGGAAAGACCAGCCUUCUCUGUUGUCAAAGUCACCACUAAUGACCCUGUCCCUGGAAGGCCAGUGAUGUUUGACAGGGCUAUCACCAACGAGGGAGAGUGUUUUAAGAUGGCACUUGGAAAAUUUCUCAGUUGUAAAGCUGGCUGGUAUUACUUUACAUACAAUAUGAUCUCGGAGGGGAAACUGUGUAUCAACAUCAUGAAAAACAACAGAAAGGAAGCUGGAUUCUGUGACACACAUGGCUCUAAAAAUAACUGGCAAAAAUAUCAGAUGAAUUCAGGUGGGACAGUACUGCGGCUGAAUAAGCGCGAUGAGGUGUGGCUUCAAACCACACAACAUCACAGUGAUGUUUUUGGCUCAGACGACCUCAACAGUGUCUUUUCUGGGUUCCUUCUCUUUCCAGCUGAAUAAUAUUUCAAAUACUUCAACUUUAGAUUAGAGAUCAAAGGACCACCAAGUUAUAUGAUCCACUAACAUUGUUAAUGGGGCAUGUGUCCAUUCACCAAUAAUUAUCCACCUGCCUUGUCCUCUCUCAUCUGCUGGGUUCCAAUUUAUCCAUAAAAAAAUGAGAAAACAUAAGACUGGUUAAAAAAAAGCAUAAUCCAUUAGAAUGGUCCCAAAAACGACUCCGUCUCCCUCAAAUAUCCAUCCUUUCCCAUGCUUUCUAUCUCCAUUACUUCCCAAAGUUCUUCAGUCCCAGCCCAUUGUUUCUUAUACAACCCUGUACAAAGUCUAUGGUCAUUUCAAACUACUGUGCCCAUAAUUGUCAUCUAAUCGUUGGAGCAACUCUAAUCUCCCAGCUACCUGUCCAGUCGUUUCAUAUCAUUAGUCGGACUAUCUGGGUGAGGAAAGAGGGUGAAGGCAGUGAAAAGACUGGGCCUACUUAUUUUAUUCAGCCUAUGACAUAGGCUCAAAAAAGCUGUCAACUAAAACUGCUAAAAUAUCCAGGCCAGUGAGUUAGAGUCAGCCUGGCUAGUAUGAUAGCACUCUCACAUCUUCAGUCAGAAAAUCAUGGACACAGAUUUGGCACUGGCACUGGCGCUGACUGAGAUGUCAAUGCGGUACUGAGGAAAUGCUGCACCAUUGGAAAUGCCACCUUUUGAAUGAGAUAGUAAACUGAGGCCCCAUCUGCCCCUCUCAGGUGGGUGUAAAAGAUUCAAUGGCAAUAUUUGAAGAGAACCAAGGAAUUCUUCUUGGUGUCCAGGCCAAUAUUUAUCCCUCAGUCAACUUCACAAAAUCAGAUCAUCACAUUGCUUUUUGUGGGAACUUGCUGUGCACAAAUUGUCUGCCAUGUUUCCUACAUUACAACUGUGGUUGUAAAGUGCUUGGGAUGUCAUUAAGUCCUGAAAUACUCGAUAUAAAUGUAUGUUUUAUUUUCUGUAUAGUUAUAAGGAACGUGCAGCAGGAGGAAAGCAGCUAUAGCAAAUCUUCAGCAAAAGAUUGUAGCAAAAUGUAGAGGAAUUUCCAGGCUGUUAUGUGUAUGCAUUGGUCAUCACUGUUGCCAUUUUGGAUUGCCAACUUGUCAAUCACAAUGACCUGUAAGCAGAUAUCCUCAUCAUUGCCUUCAAUCCAUACAGACCCCAUUAUCCUCUUCCCACAUUCACAGAGACCCCAUUAUCCUCUUCCCCCAUUCACAGGGAUCCCAUUCUCCUCUCCUCCAUUCACAGAGAUCCCAUUCUCCUCUCCCCCAUUCACAGAGACCCUGCUCUCUUCUUCCCCAUUCACAGAGACCCCAUUAUCCUCUUCCCCCAUUCACAGAGAUCUCAUUUUCCUCUCCCCCAUUCACAGAGACUCCAUUACCUUCUUACCCCAUUCACAGAGACCCCAUUCUCUUCUCCCCCAUUCACAAAGACCCCAUUCUCCUCUCCCCCAUUCACAAAAAAAAAUUCUCCUUUCCCUCACAAAGACCCCACUCUCCUCUCCCCCAUUCACAGAGACUCCAUUACCCUCUUCCCCCAUUCACAGAGAUCCCAUUCUCCUCUCCCCCAUUCACAGAGACUCAUUAUCCUCUUCCCCCAUUCACAGAGAUCCCAUCCUCCUCUCCCCCAUUCACAGAGACCCCACUCUCUUCUCCCCCACUCACAAAAAACCCAUUCUCCUCUCCCCCAUUCACAAAGACCCCAUUCUCCUCUGGCCCAUUCAUAGAGACCCCACUCUCCUCUCCCCCAUUCACAGUGACCCAAUUCUCCUCCCCCCCAUUCACAAAAAAACCAUUCUCCUUUCCCUCACUCACAAAGACCCCAUUCUCCUCUCCCUCAUUCACAGAGACCCCAUUGUCCUCUCUCCCAUUCACAAAGACCCCAUUCUCCUCUCCCUCAUUCACAGAGACCCCAUUCUCCUCUCCCCCAUUCACAAAGACCCCAUUCUCCUCUCCCUCAUUCACAGAGACCCCAUUCUCCUCUCCCUCAUUCACAGAGACCCCAUUCUCCUCUCCCCCAUUCACAAAGACCCCAUUCUCCUCUCCCUCAUUCAUGAAGACACUAUCGUCUACACUCCUCUGAGCUUUCGGCCCCUUCUUCAUUUCUCACUGGAAUUCUAGUCCAUUCUCGCAAUAUUCUCCUCCUUCUUUACCCUUCAUCUCCUUCAGGAAGCAUCACUCUUUAAUUCACGAGCUGUCGUCCACACAAAUAUGGUGUUCCCCAUCUCGUUUUUGACCCCUCACCUACACACAGAUCACUGAGGCAGAUAAAGCUGGUAAAUUCUGCUCUUUGUGGUGUCACUACUGUUUUACACAAAUUAAAGCAUUUUUAAUUCUGAAAAUGUUGCAGAAACCAGAGCCAUCAAGAACAAACUUUUAUUUUAAGUUAGCGCUCAAGCUGUAAAUUUCUAUAUCACUGUUUAAAAGAAGUUGCAGAGCAGGAUCACAAAUUGUAUGUUUGCAAUUUUCCACAGCAACCUGUGUUAACAAUAUUUGCUGUAAACUGCCUGAUAUUACUUAUAUAACCACUCACUAACAUUUCCAGGUCAUUGUGUUUUCCACACUCCCAAAUGCUAAAUAGCUGGACUAACCCUUCAUUGAUUAGAAAACAAAGACCUGAACCUUAUGUUUGGAAAUUUCUAUUAGCUACAUUGGCUUACUGUGUUUGUAUAACAUGUUUUUAUUCACAACUUUAAUGGAAGCAUUAAACCAUUAAAAUAAAUGGGCUCUGCCCCCUCAAAUAGCA